GUCUCAUGUAUGCCCCUCGAAUACCUCCAACAAAGAUCAUGCGUAUCUAUUUCUGCUUCAAUGAUUAUCCAUUUGUCAUGAUCUAGAUGGCGAAAUAAAUUUAUCAGCAUUAUUAUCUUCUUGUCCCAGUCACACUCCCACCCACAAGAGGCCACGUUCGCUAGAAGCCGCUUCGUGCCUGGCGAUCUAAAAGUUUCCCCGUAUCCUGGACUUUUAGAGGCCACCGAGUCCUCUAAAGGACCAUACAACACCACAUGGAUGCCGACCCCUCUAGGCGACACACUCCCUUCGAUCACAGUACAUUCUCAAUCUUCUCUUCAUAAUUCCCAUCUGCCUCUUCACCACGACGCCCAAUUCCCACACGCGCAGGAACUAGACGAGCUAUCUGCAGAAGGUCAACGUCAUAACAGAAACCCUUCCAUCUCCUCUCGCAAGUCCCAAGAAGAUACUGCACACCUGCUCGCCACCGAUUCCGACGACGAAGAUUCUUCUAUGGGUACCAAGUCCCGACGACCUCGAUCGCAAGAGCCGAAAGGUUCCGCCUCCUCGACAGGAGGACAGAACGGGCACGCGAACGGCAACAUGAAUAGCAGUGUGGAAUACAGGCGGAAGAAUGCUUCGCUGGAAUCUCCGACUGUUACAGCAAAUCUGAUGGCGAGGGAUUCCUUCUCCUUGGAUGAACAUGUGCCAAGGACACCGACGAUAAAUAAUCAUGGCUUCUUUCAGCUGCCCAUGCAGGACAGGAGGAACUUUGGUCUUCUGGUCCUGUUAUACUUUCUGCAGGGUGUGCCCAUGGGAUUGGCGACUGGCUCUGUGCCGUUUAUUCUGAAAGGUGACAACCUGUCGUACAGUGCGUUGGGUGUGUUCAGUUUGGCAUCCUACCCGUAUUCGUUGAAACUGUUAUGGAGUCCAAUUGUGGAUGCAUGCUGGAGUCCGAAGCUCGGGAGACGGAAAAGCUGGAUCAUGCCUAUACAAAUGUUGUCUGGGAUUGGAAUGAUUUGGCUUGGAUCGAGAGCAAAGCAGAUGAUGGCUACUGCAGCCAGUGACGGAGGAACUGGCAUUUGGGGAUUCACUGGAUGGUGGUUCUUCCUUGUUUUCAUGUGUGCUACGCAAGAUAUUGCUGUGGAUGGUUGGGCUUUGACGCUCUUGACCCCAGGCAAUAUCUCUUAUGCUUCGACGGCACAGACGGUUGGCUUGACUGCUGGCCAGUUCAUGUCGUACACCGUUUUCCUUGCCUUCAACUCUCCCGACUUUGCCAACAAGUGGUUCCGCAAGACGCCUUUGGAAGAAGGUGUCAUGACUCUGGGAGGAUACCUCACAUUCUGGGGCUGGGCAUACAUAAUUGUGACUGUUGGUCUUGCUCUUCUGAAAAAGGAGGAGAAGACCAAGAAUGAAGAUGGUAUAUGGGAUGUUUACAAGGUGAUGUGGGGGGUUUUGAAGCUCAAGAACAUUCAAACCAUCAUCAUCAUUCAUCUGAUUGCGAAGAUUGGCUUCCAAGCCAACGAUGCAGUCACGAAUCUGAAGCUUAUCGACAAAGGAUUCAGCCAAGAAGAUCUGGCCCUUACAGUUCUGAUUGACUUUCCAUUUGAGAUUGGGCUGGGAUAUUAUGCUGGGAAAUGGUCAACAACAUAUACGCCCAUGCGUCUCUGGUGCUGGGGCUUUGUCGGUCGCCUCAUAGCCGCCAUUAUUGCCCAGAUCACAGUUGUUAUCUUCCCCAGUAAUGGUGUCGAUACAUGGUACCUCUUGGUUGUGAUUGCAGAGCAUAUUUUCUCGACAUUCACAAGCACCGUAAUGUUCGUCGCUAUCUCAGCUUUCCACGCAAGAAUCGCGGAUCCAGUUAUUGGUGGAACAUACAUGACUCUUUUAGCUACCGUCUCGAAUCUUGGCGGUACCUUCCCAAGAUUUUUCGUCCUGAAAUUCGUAGACUUCUUCACCUCAGCAACAUGCAUCCCACCCCCAUCAACCUAUAAACUGGACCCCAAACUCCGAGGGCCUCUCGUGACAGACUCAUUCUCCUGCGCUCUGUCAGCAGAAAAAGAUCGCUGCAUCCAAGGCGGAGGCAUCUGUGAUAUCACCAGAGACGGGUACUACGUCAUGAACAUUGUGUGUGUGAUCAUAGGUAUCGUGACGUUCUGGGGAUACAUUAAACCGGCGGCGAUCAAGUUGCAGAGUUUGCCACUGAGAGCUUGGAGGAUUGCUGAGGGGGCGAGCUGAGUGUUGUGGAGGGGAAAGAGGGGGUGUGUGAAGUGGAGUGUAUAUAUGUGUCUUGUAGAUUAGAAUUUUGAUGUUAGAUGAAUGCAUACUCCGAUA